AUGGGAGAAAGAAACCAAACUUCUAUGUUUGAAUUUACCUUGUUGGGACUGUCACAGGAUUCACAGAUCCAAAUCUUGUUGUUCUGUGUUUUACUGGUCAUCUCUCUUCUUUCCAUAUUUGGAAACCUGCUGAUAAUACUUCUCAUCCAAGUUGACUCUCAACUUAAUACACUCAUGUACUUUUCCAAAAACUUAUCCUUUGCUGACCUCUGUUUCUCUAUGAGCAUUAUUUCCUGAUGUUGGUCUACCUCCUGUGAAAUUUUUUUUUCCUUUGCUGUAUUCUAAAUACAGACAGUUGUCUUCCUCCUUGUAGGGUGUGCAGAGUGUGCACUGCUGGCAGUGAUGUCCUAUGACCUGUACAUUGCUGUCUGCGAGCCCCUGCACUACUGCACCAUCAUGAUCCAGAGGACUUGUGUCCAGUUUGCCAGGGUUUUCUGAAUAAGUGAGGCAGUUGUAUGUUCAGUGGAUAGUGCGUUUACACUGUAUCUACCCUACCAGAAACAGAAUGUCAUUAAUCACUACUUCUGUGAACUGCCUGCUCUCCUAAAGGUGGUGUCUAUGGUCACCAACAAUAUUCAGAUAGCUCUCUUUUCAAUGGGGGUGAUUAUCCUCCUAGCUCCUGUCUCCCUCAUCCUCCACUCCUACUGGCAUAUCAUCUCCAUUGUGUUCUGAAUGUAGUCUGGGGAGGGGAGGCUCAAAGUCUUCUCCACCUGUGGCUCCCACCUAACUGUUGUGGUUCUCUACUAUGGAUCUGGAAUAUUUGCCUACAUGAGACCAAAUUCCAAGACAAUGAAUGAAAAGGAUAAGGUCAUCUCUAUGUUCUAUUCAGUCAUGACUUCCAUGUUGAACCCCAUCAUUUACAGUCUUAGGAACAAUGACGUUAAGGGGGCUCUCAGGAAGCUGGCUGGAAGAUAG